AUUGGAGGUAGUCGCUACAGUACUGCACAAGAACGACACAUGCUGGCUAAUACUGCGCGCUUCAUGCGACAGAUAUCUGCAGAGACGAGCAGUCAAUUCAAGUACACUGCAAUGCCAUAAAACGCUGGGAGUACGACCCGUAAUAGAGUGCGACAGGGACAAGAUGCGGAAAGUGUGCACGUGAUGGGUGUCCAUGAUGGCUUGGAUUCAAUACCUCGGACAGCCCACUCUGCACAAGUGUCGACUCGGAAUUCGCCCACAAUGCAGAGAUUCUUGUUGAGACAAAUUCUCUGAGUAGAGAACGGUUCGGACGUGCGUGUGCCCUUCAGUCAUCUUCUUGAGCUCUGUCAUCUUGAAUGACGUGUCGUCGGCCGAGUCAUCUUGUGUAACAGCGAAAUAGUCGACGUGUCCGCGAGAUUGCGCAGCUAGCUCGUCGUAUAUGUAGAUGUGCAAGCGUGGAGUAGGGAUGCCUGGAGUACCACAUGGCGGAGGAUAUCAGGGAGGAGUGGAUCAUCAUCUGCCAUCAACGUCUCUUUCGUCCCCCGUCCAUGAUGCGCAAGCAAGACCGUCCCCCCGCAAGACAAACCCCUCCGCUUCCGCCAGAGAUAUGGAUGCAGAUCCAUCGAGCUUCCGUCGAACGGCUGUCCCCGGUAAACGCACUCGACGAAGGAGAAAAGAGCAUGAUGAGCGGGAACAGAUUGAGGGCGUUUUUGCGGAAUGCGCGUACACUGCGUCGCGUGUGUCGGGCAUGGAACGAGCUGGCACGGCCGCUGUUGUAUGCGCACAUACGAGUACCGGAUCGUGGAUGGCAGUCCCUCUCCGAUGCUCUCGAAGAUCCUGAAACCGCUCGCUUCGUCCGCACCGCCUGGCUCUCGACCACCCGCUUCGACCUGAACGAAUCCGUCCUUUGCCGCUGUGUCCAUUUGCGUGUGGUCUCGCUGGGCGAAUUUCCUCGACUGGAGCGUGUGGGGACGGCGGGAGGACGAGCGCUGUCUACGAUGGCGCAGCUCACACAUGUCGAGUGGGUCGUAUCGGACUGGUCGGGACCGCUUCUCCUCGCCUUGCUCGCCGCCGCCCCAAACGUCACGCAUCUGGUGCUCAAAAGCUCCUCGACGAUAGGCAGGGGGCUCUCCGCGCCUGAAUGCCUCGAUCCUUUCCCCGCCCUCCGUUCCCUCCACUUGCUGUCCGCAAUAGAUCUGAACGAGGCGGAUAUUCACGCGAUUCUCCGCGCGAGCGACGCGUUCCGCCCCUGUCUCACUCACCUGGCGAUCCGCCCCAAAUGUCUCUCGGACACCCUGUUCCCCGUCCUCCCUGCCCUGCGUACACUCGAUCUCGGGGACUCAGCAGUGGAGUGGUUUACAUUCAACGACGUGUUCGAGCGGUGUCCAAACGUCCACACUGUCGGCUAUCAUGCCUUCUGUGCGAGCAUGGCCUCAGGCGCAAACACUCCGCGAGGCGCAGCCUCGGCUCUUGUGUGCCUACGUAUCCGCCUGGAUGCCUUGAGGAUGUCACCCCUUGGGUUGGCACUGAUCGAGCGGUGUCUGCAGACGCUCUUUGAUGGUGGCCCGCUUUUUGCGAGUUUGGAGCGUAUCGUAUGUGAAGGAGGUGGGUGGCGAUCGGCGCGGGACGAAAUCGAUGCAGCGGACUGGCUAAUGACGGAGCUCGAGGGGAGGGGCUGUCGCAUAGAGUAUGCUUGAUGGGAGAACGGCAGAGCUUGUCAUCUCAAAUCAUUGAUUUCUGCUUCCCUUCUGCCAUCUGCUUACUGCGUGACCGUCAUUAUGAAGCCCAAGACCAAAGUCAAAGCUCCUUCCACAGUGCAUCCAUAUCCAUAUUCAUGUCCCGCGCACCUGCUUCGUCAUCCCGCAGCGCAGGAGACUCCACAUCCUGAUACCCCAUGUCGAACGGCACGAACGGCACCGCCGACAGCGUCUCCCCGCCGACCAUCCCGAGGAGGUUCCACAUCUCCGAGUCGUAGUUCGUGCCCGAGUCGAGAGCAGAGAAGAUGUUGAAGUCCAUCGCCUCAGCAGCAGCGGCAGGAACAGC